CGUUAACAAUUGUAGAAUAAAAGGGCUUGUGAAGACAGGUGGUGAACUAGUGUCAGAACUAGUCUAGGAGGACCCUGGGCUUGCUAGCCCUAGUACCUGUCCGCGGCCAACAUGGCCAAGGAAGAGGACACAAAGCGUCCACCGGACGAGGAAGAGGACUCGGACGAGGAGGACGACGACGACUCCGCGAGCAUCGCGAGCACUGCUAGCUCUACUGCAUCCGUGGAUUCGUCAGGUGCUAAGAAGAAGAAGAAAAAGAAGAAGAAGAAGAAGGGCAAGGGUGGUGCUGCAGGACAAGCAGCGCCUGCAGGGGAAGCUGCGCAGGCUGCGUCUCCACAGACCAGCACGCUCACAAAGGCGCAAAAACAAGAAGCGGAGCGCCGGUUUACCGCCGCCCUCGAUGCGUGUCGCGGGGCAAAUGAAAUGUGGGUAAAGCUUUCGAACUGCAACAUCUUCGACGUUAAGGCCAAGAAGCUGGCAGACGUCCUGAAGUCGAACUCGUGCAUUACCUCGCUGGACCUGUCUCAAAACCACAUCUCGGAUGAGGGCGCCCAGGCGCUGGCGGCGAUGCUGCAAGGCAGCGGCGCGCCGGAGCUGAUCGAGCUGGACCUGCGAGACAACCCGCUGUCGCCAUCGGCGGUGCAGAGCCUGGAGUCGCUUCAAAAGGCGCGGAAGCAGCUGGUGGUGAAGGUGGGCUCGGCGGGCGCUGGCGAGGAGGGCAAGCGCUCGCCGGGCAAGGGCGGCGAGGCGGGCGGGACGGGCACGGGCAUGAAGCCCGAGGUGACCAAGGGGCCCAUGUUCCGCAAGUACUUCCAGUCGGGCAACGACGACGACGACAACGACUCGGGGCAGGGCGACCUGGACGGGCCGCUGGGGGACGGCGGCAUGGCACCGGAGGACCUGUGGGCCGAGAUCAAGUCGCUGGUGGAGGAGGGCACCAGCUCCAUACCCACGCUCAGCUUGUUGCUGCAGCAGCUCAUCGGGCACCUCAACCGGGAGCUGGGGACGCUGCAGGUGCCGCACACGGACGCGGCCGUGGACGGCUCGCGGCCGCACAUCAAGGGCUGCAUCAUGCACCUGGACGUGCUGGCCGCCAUCCUGGACCUGGUGCCGCGGGAGGUGACCAUGCAGUACGUCAGCGAGCCGCAGCCGGCGGUGGGCAGCCACCGCGUGUGGGCCACGGAGAUCGUGUCCAUGCUGCUGGCGCCCAACCACCAGGCAGUGGACAACCUGGUGGCCUCGUGCAAGCUGGUGCCCAAGGUGCUCGCCAUCAGCCUGGGACACCCGCUGUGCAGCGCGCUGCACACGCGCGCGCUGCGCAUCCUGCGCUCCUGCUGUGUCAGCAAGGUCGCCGGGCUGUACGGGCCGCUGUUCACGGCCGGCAUGGGCGCGGGGCUGACGGUGGGCGAGGGCGGCGAGCUGUGCCCCAGCCUGCAGCAGCAGCUGGCGGACCGGGCCGCGCUGGCGGUGGGUGUGCCCAGCGGGCGGAGAGACCGCUCCGUGGGCUUCGUGCUGGAGGCGUGCAAGGUGCUGCGCGCCUGCUGCGACGAGGCCAACCGCGACUCAAUUCUCAACACCAACGUGCGGCGACUGCUGCAGAUGGACGCCAAAUGGUCGGACUUCGUGAGCGAGGGCGGCGUGCUGAGCCAGCUGUGCAAGGAGCAGGAGGGCGACCUGGGCGGCCCGCGCGCGGCGCGCGUGCAGAUGGAGGACUCGAACGAGCUGGCGGAGCUGGCGGGCGGCGGGCUGAUCAGCAGCCACGAGAUCCUGGCGCUGCUGCACGGCAUGGGCGCGCUGGGCAUGUCGCCGGGCUCGGGCGGCAACUGAGGCGGCGGCUCAGUGGGGCGGUGGGCAAGUGGGGAGGGGGGGGGGGGCAGCUGUGGAACAGGGGUGGAGGAGGCGGCAGCUGGGAGUGGUUGAAGCCGUUUGCAGGAGCUGGAGGGCUGCCGCGCGGCUGUUGCUGGCGCCAGUGUCAAGGAGGGGCGGGGGCGCUGCGGCCUUGAGGCCCAUCGGCCAGCUGCCUUGCGCGCUCCGGUAGCGUGGCUGCGUUAGGCGGGGCCUGCGCUCCUGCGGGCUGGCGCGCGUACUGCAACGAAACGAACCAGCGUCGAAAUGAACCAGCGUUGGGAGUGUUCCAUCGUGGCUGGGGCAUUGCGUGCUGUGGUGGGGGAUUUCUGACGAGGAACUGACGCAAGCAUCAUUCUCAUCAGGAUCGUGGAUAGUUGUCACGGUCCGGCGUGUGUUUGUGUGCUCUUGGGCUGCUGCGAACAGUGCACGAGCUGCUCUCUCCUGUUUGUGAGCGGAACAACGAGCAGAGGUGUACGUGACACUAUGGUGGGCGUGGGCUUUCGGGGUGGAUAGACGUGUCAAUAGUUCGUGUGUAUAAUGCCGGGCGUUGGGCAUGGCGUGCGUGUUUGGUCGUUGUCACGGGUGGGGUUUCAGGGGCACACGUGGUUUGCACGCGUUCAGGUAUGCGAGCAUGUGUGUUUCAUCGUAUCUACUUGUCCGUGUUGGAAAGGCCGUGGGGAACGCCAUGGUCAUGUGGUUCAAGUCGUGCUUUUGUUUGCGAAAUAAGGACGCGCAUGCACGUGCACAUCUCGUGCACCUGGUGGUGUCUCGUUCUGGUUUCUGAUUUUGUUCCACCGUUUGAUUGUAGUCGCAAGAUGUAGGAACAGCUGCAGCAGGCGCGCCCCGGCCUCCAUGCAGAGCACAGGAGAGCCAGCGCGUGCAUUUUUGCUGGCGUGUGGUUUUGAGAUGCCGCCGAGGGGGCGGCAUGCUGGCAACGCGGGAGGCCAAGCGGCCGUGCUAGGAGCGGCGGCACAGCACGCAUGUUGGCUAAGGGCCUGUGGAGGGCGCAUGCGGAGUGUACAUGCUUGGCGCGCGGUGUGAGUAUCAUGGCCAUGGUACCGUGUUGGGUGUACCACGGGACACUUCGUGGCGACGACGGUAUGCGACCGAAGUGCUCAGUUGAGCACACUGGUGUUAAUGCAUUCGCGGUAGGCAAAUCCCUUCCCUCGGUCUCAACGGAAUAGCUG